UUGCAUGAUGUACCAUUUAUUGAAACGUUAUAUUUACAGCUUAAAAAUAAUUUCAAAAGACAAAUAUGUACUUAUUACCGGAUGUGAUUCGGGUUUCGGAUAUUUACUUGCAAAAAGGCUAGACGCAAUUGGUAUGCACGUACUUGCUGGAUGUCUUAAAGAAUCAUCAAUAUUUGAGCUUGGUAAUGCUUUAAGCAAAAAAGCAAUGGCUAUUAGACUUGACGUCACAAAUGAAGAAAGCAUUGCUGAGGCAGUGGAAUUAGUAAGCGCAACAAUUGGAGAUCAGACCGGUUUAUUAGCAUUAGUGAAUAAUGCUGGAUUAAUGGGCACAGGAAUUGGCCCAACAGUCUGGCAGACGAGAAAGGACUACGAAGAUGUGCUUUCAGUCAACUUCUUUGGAGUUGCCAUGGUUACCAAUGCCUUCCUUCCGUUUGUAUUAAAGGGAAAAGGACGAAUAGUAAAUAUUGCUAGUAUGAAAGGACGUAUUGCAUUUCACAAUGCUCCAUACAGUGUUUCAAAAUACGGUGUAGAAGCUUUUUCGGAUUGUUUAAGGCGUGAUUUGUUCAACAAAGCCGUGACCGUACAUAUUCUUGAGCCUGGACAUUUCGAGACAGAUCUUCUGGAUCGAGCAACGCACAGAAAACGGAUCCAUGAGAAAAUUGAGAGCCUCCCAAAAGCUGUACGAGAUGAACUUCCGCAUGACAUUAAAAAUAUCAUGAUGGCACGAUUUCAGUCCUUCGUCGGCCGGAUGGCCUCAAACCAUCCCGAGGAAGUUGUGGACGCCUAUGAACAUGCUAUAACUGCAAAAUAUCCGAAAUAUAGGUAUGUGAUAGGGUUUGAUGCCAAGUAUAUUUUCCAGCCUUUAUGGAUGCUGCCUGAGCCUAUAAGUGAUUUUGUUAUAACGAGAUUGUAG